GGUUUGACAAGGUGUGCGUUCCGUGUGUCUGUGUACUUAGUGGAUGCUGGAGGUUGUCUAUUAUUUCGACUGUCUGCUCUGCUAUUUGCUUUGCAUGCUGUGGAUUCUGGCUUGCUUCCUCGUGCGUGGGCUGGCUGCUCCUGUGGGUUUAUAUAUGUUGACGCUGGCAAGUGAUGGUGCCCGACUGAGUGAGUCGACGUGCGCUCCAGGUGUUGAGAGGUCUUCAUCCGCGCAGUAUGCGGACGUCAGGCCCGACCUCACUCCCAGACACUCACUUCCUCGCAUCCCCCCCUUUUCCGCACAAAUCAGACACCCGUCCAUAUAACACACCACCCCUCACCCCGCCAACGGAUUCGCAUGCACCGUCACCCCCUUAACCACAACCCUCCCCCUCGGCCUCCCCUUCCCAUCAACCUCCAC